UGUCGACACACACUGCAUCACUAUUUUGCUCGCAAACUGGACGGAUCUGUGAAAAUAAAGGAAGUUUUGCGGGCAAAGGCUUUCCAAAUCGAGUGAAAAGAAGAAAGUGGACAUCUCAGGGAGGAGAAAAAGGCACCCGGAGGAUUAGGGAUAUCAAAAACCAUGGGAUUUAGCAAAAUGCCCCGCCCGCUGCCCCACGAACAAACGCUUGCCUUUGCGACCACAAAAGUGCAGUAAAAUGCGCUAAAAAGCUUACAAAUAACCGUGAAAAGACCACAACAAGAUGACCCAGAAGCCAGGCGAGUGGGCCAGUGCCCUUUUGGCCCGUUUCGAGGAUCAGCUCCCGAACAGAAUCGGCGCCUAUGGCACGCAGGCCAGGAUGAGCCAGGACCAACUGGUGGCCUGUCUGAUCCACAUAUCCCGGUAUCGCUUUUCCCUGGUCAUUUCCGGUCUCACCAAGAUGCUUCAGAGGGUCAAUGAGGCGGCCCUUCAAAACCGCCAUGAGCCAGAGCGUUGCUACUUCGAAUCGCUGGUCAUCAUACUGACCACCCUGGAGCGCUGCCUGACCAACCAGACCAAGGACACGGCCCGGUUCGAGGAGGCCAUGAAUGUGAAGCUACUGCUGCGCGAAAUCUCCCAGUUUGUGGACGUCCAGAGCGACAGCAAUCCGAAUGCGGCCCAGCUCAAGGCCCUGGCCUCCAAAGUGCUCUUUGCCCUGUCGCAGAAUCACUUCUCGGCGGUGUUUAAUCGCAUCUCGGCCCGGAUCCAGGAGCUGACAUCCUGCUCUGAGGAGAAUCCCGACUACAACGACAUCGAAUUGAUUCAACACAUCGACAUGGACAUGAUUAAGCUGACCAAGCUGCUGCAAGAGACCAUCACAAAGUUUCGAUCGAAGCGAGCGCCUCCAUUGAUUUUGCUCUACUCACUAGAGAAGGCCAUUUGGAAUUGGAUUGAGUACCAUCCGCAGGAGUUUCAGGACUUGCAACGAGGCACCAAUCGAGAUAUAUCUACCUGCUGGGAACCCCUGAUGGACUUUGUGGAGUACUUUAAGACCGAAAACAAGAAGAGCAAGACCCUCGUGUGGCCGCUGCAAAUGCUCCUGCUGAUACUGAAUCCCUCCUGCCUCGAGGCCGUCGUCAACGAACUGCAGCAGUCGGAGAAGGAGAAAGAAAAGGAGAAGGAAAAGGUGGCCUCGAAGUCGGCGCAAUCCACUUCGCGGGACAAGGACUUCUCGGCCAAGCAGUUCAUCGAGAGCAUCAAGAGAGGAUUGGGACAGCACUCGCCAUCCAAACAGGUCACCGAAUCCUCAGCUAUUGCUUGUGUAAAGCUCUGCAAGGCAUCCACCUACAUCAACAACACGGACUCCAACAAUGUGGUCUUCAAGCUGGUGCAGUUUUUUAUCAACGAUCUCAAGGCGCUGCUCUUCAAUCCGGCCAAACCGUUUUCGCGCGGACAGGGCUAUAACUUUGCGGACAUUGAGUUGAUGAUUGACUGCUGGGUUUCGUGUUUCCGGAUAAAUCCCCACAACAUCGAGGCUUUGAAGGUUUGCCUGAACUUGUCGUCACCACAGGCUUAUCACUUUGUCAUUGUUUGCUCCCUGCUGAGGUUGGCUCACAUUUACGUGGACUUUCGCCUGCAGAACAAAAAUCCCUUUCGAAUUGUCAACCAACCCAGAUUGUCCUGGUGGCCGCAGACGGAUGUGGUUCACUAUCGCUCCGCUGAGUUGAGGGCUCUGUUUACGGAUACUCUUAAUAAGGCCACCCAGGGUUAUAUAGCCCACACACCACUGCGCUAUAUUACCUCACUGACUUUAAAAUCGAAGGAUACGCAGAAGGGUUUGACGCGGGCUGAAGAGGGUCCCGCCCAUAAAAUGUUGUUGCUACUGCUUGUGCGGCUGAUUCAUGCAGAUCCCACGCUUUUGUUGAAUACACAGGGAAAAGUGGCCCAUGAAGUGCAGAGCUCCACUUUGGAGCUGAUUAACGGCCUGGUCAGUUUGGUGCAUCAAACCACCAUGCCCGAUGUGGCCCAGGAGGCUAUGGAGGCGCUGCUCGCUCUCCAUGCGCCGGAGAAAAUCGAGGUUUGGAAUCCAGAGGCUCCCAUCAACACAUUCUGGGACGUCAGCUCCCAGGUGCUGUUCUCCAUCUCGCAAAAGCUCAUCCAGCACCAAAUAGCCAACUACACGGAUGUUUUAAAGUGGCUGCGCGAGAUUCUCAUCUGCCGCAAUACGUUCCUCCAGCGUCACAAGGAUUACGCGCAUGUGGGCAGCCAGAUUGCCAUUUGCAAGCAGGCUCACAUCAAGAUGGAGGUGGUUUUCUUCAUGUACCUGUGGAGCGUUGACUUGGAUGCGGUGCUCACGUCGCUCUCCUGUUUUGGAUUGUUAUGCGAGGAGGCGGAGAUUUGCUGCAGCUCCGAUGAGCUGACAGUGGGCUUCAUUAUGCCGAAUUAUCACAUUUACCAGGAGCUGGCUCAGUUGUCCACUUCUGCCACGGACUCUCGUAUUUGUUUCUUUGACAACACCCAUGGAAAUGUUUUGAGCCGCCUGACGCUCCAGAAACGCAUAAUGACUCUUUUGCGCAAGAUCGAGCACUGCGUCCAUGGUGUGCAGCCCGCCUGGGAAGAGACCUUUCGCAACUGGGAGGUGUCCAGCAAGGUUUUGCAAACGUACCCCAAAUGCAAGGGCGAAGAUGGUCAGGCGGAGGUCUUCCAUCGCGGCAUGGGCAAGCGGCGAGCGAGUCACCAGAGCUCGGAGCACGACUUGGAGGAGCAGAUCAAUGAGUGGGCCAAUAUGACCUGGUUCCUUUUGGCCCUGGGCGGCGUCUGUCUGCACAAACGCAGCAGCAGCCGACAAAUGUUGCUGCAGCAAUCGCAGAAUAAUGCCUCCCUGGGAUCUCUAGCGCAAAACUCGCUUUACUCAAGCUCCACGAGCUCCGGACAUGGUUCUCUGCAUCCUAGUACGGUUUCCCUUUCCACGCUUCCACCUGCUCCGCCACAGGAUGUCAGCUACUGCCCUGUGACACAAUUCGUUGGCCAACUACUGCGUCUACUCGUCUGCAGCAACGAAAAAAUCGGGCUUAAUAUACAGAAGAACGUAAAGGAACUUGUGGGCGAGGAGAUGUCCACCCAACUGUAUCCCAUACUAUUCGACCAAGUGAGAGCCAUUGUGGAGAAGUUCUUCGACCAGCAAGGCCAGGUGAACGUCAAUGUGACCGACAUCAACACGCAGUUUAUCGAGCACACCAUCUACAUAAUGAAAUCCAUCCUGGAUCCCAAGGCCAGCAAGGAUCUGAACACCGAUCAACCGACGCCAUCGGAGCAUCUGGGAGUGACGAGCAUCGAGGGCAUGAUGCUGGGAAUCGUGCGCUAUGUUCGCCAUCUGGACAUGACAGUUUAUGCCAUUCGAAUCAAGACGAAACUGUGCCAGCUGGUGGAGGUGAUGAUGAAGCGACGCGACGACCUCGCCUUCCGUCAGGAGAUGAAGUUCCGGAACAAGCUGGUGGAAUACCUGACCGACUGGGUGAUGGGCACCUCGCAUCAGAUUGCGCCGCCCAGCUCGGCGGAUGCGGCCAUCCUUACCAACACUUCGCUCAUCUUUCGCGACCUGGACCAAGCCUGCAUGGAGGCAGUGGCCGCUCUGCUUCGCGGUCUUCCUCUUCAGCCAGAGGAAUCGGAUCGCGGUGAUUUGAUGGACGCCAAGAGUGCGCUCUUUUUGAAGUAUUUUACCCUGUUUAUGAACCUGCUGAACGACUGCAUCGAUAGUUCGGAGGCGGAAAAGGAGAUGAACAAUACCCCAUUGUUGCCGCCGCGUCCUCGAAUGGCAGCUGGAAAGCUGACCGCUCUGCGAAAUGCCACCAUCCUGGCCAUGUCCAAUUUGCUGGGUGCCAAUAUUGAUUCGGGUUUAAUGCACUCCAUUGAUCUUGGUUAUAAUCCCGAUUUGCAAACCCGUGCCGCUUUUAUGGAGGUGCUCACACAAAUCCUCCAGCAGGGCACUGAAUUCGAUACCUUGGCUGAAACGGUUUUAGCAGAUCGUUUCGAGCAACUGGUCCAACUGGUGACGAUGAUCAGCGACAAGGGUGAACUGCCCAUAGCCAUGGCAUUGGCCAAUGUGGUGACCACUGCCCAAAUGGACGAGCUGGCCAGGGUCUUGGUCACCCUGUUCGACGCCAAGCACCUUCUUUCGCCGCUCCUGUGGAACAUGUUCUAUCGCGAGGUGGAAGUUUCGGACUGCAUGCAGACACUCUUCCGUGGAAACUCGCUGGGCAGCAAAAUAAUGGCCUUCUGCUUCAAAAUCUACGGCGCCAGCUAUCUGCAAAUGCUGCUGGAGCCGCUGAUUCGUCCGCUGCUGGAUGAGGAGGAGGAGACCUGCUUUGAGGUGGAUCCUGCCCGCCUGGAUCCGACCGAGGAUAUCGAACAGCACAGGAACAACCUGAUUGCUUUAACCCAGAAGGUUUUUGAUGCCAUUAUUAACUCUUCGGAUCGCUUUCCUCCGCAACUGCGCUCCAUGUGCCAUUGCCUGUACCAAGUGCUAAGCAAACGCUUCCCGAAUCUGCUGCAAAACAACAUUGGUGCAGUGGGAACUGUGAUCUUCCUGCGCUUUAUCAAUCCCGCUAUUGUUUCACCGCAAGAACUAGGAAUCGUUGACAAACAAGUACACAGCUCAGCUAAAAGAGGCCUCAUGCUUAUGUCCAAGAUCCUGCAGAACAUUGCCAACCACGUGGAGUUCUCCAAGGAGCAGCACAUGUUGUGCUUCAACGACUUCCUGCGCGAUCACUUCGAAGCCGGUCGACGGUUCUUCAUACAGAUUGCCUCGGAUUGCGAGACUGUGGAUCAGACGUCGCACAGCAUGAGUUUUAUUUCGGACGCAAACGUACUGGCCCUGCAUCGCUUGCUGUGGACACACCAGGAGAAGAUCGGCGACUACCUCUCCAGCAGUCGCGAUCACAAGGCGGUGGGCAGGCGGCCCUUCGACAAGAUGGCCACUUUGCUGGCCUACUUGGGACCGCCGGAGCACAAGCCUGUGGACUCGCACAUGAUGUUCAGUUCGUACGCACGUUGGAGCUCCAUUGAUAUGUCGUCGACGAACUUCGAGGAGAUUAUGGUCAAGCACCAGAUGCACGAGAAGGAGGAGUUCAAGACCCUCAAGUCGAUGAACAUAUUUUACCAGGCAGGAACUAGCAAAUCUGGCUAUCCUGUGUUUUACUACAUAGCAAGGAGAUACAAGAUUGGAGAAACGAACGGGGAUCUGCUGAUCUACCAUGUCAUACUCACUUUGAAACCCUUCUGCCACUCGCCAUUCGAGGUGGUCAUCGAUUUUACGCACACCUGUUCGGACAAUCGCUUCCGCACCGAGUUCCUGCAGAAGUGGUUCUAUGUCCUGCCCACGGUGGCCUACGAAAAUGUCCAUGCGGUCUACAUAUACAACUGCAACUCGUGGGUGCGCGAAUAUACCAAGUUCCACGAUCGCAUCCUGGCACCUUUGAAGGGAAAUCGCAAGCUGCUGUUCCUCGAGUCGCCGAACAAACUUACCGAUUUCAUCGAUGCCGAGCAGCAGAAGCUGCCAGGCGCAACUCUGUCCUUAGAUGAGGAUCUCAAGGUGUUUAGCAACGCUCUAAAACUCAGCCACAAAGACACAAAGGUGGCCAUCAAAGUGGGUCCCACUGCACUGCAGAUUACGUCUGCGGAAAAGACAAAGGUACUGGCUCACUCGGUGCUCCUGAACGAUGUAUACUACGCCUCCGAGAUUGAGGAGGUGUGCCUGGUGGACGACAACCAGUUCACCCUGUCCAUAACCAACGAAAGUGGCCAGCUGAGCUUUAUUCACAACGAUUGCGAUAACAUUGUCCAGGCCAUUAUUCACAUCCGAAACCGCUGGGAACUCAGUCAGCCGGAUUCGGUGACGGUGCACCAGAAGAUCCGACCAAAGGAUGUGCCGGGAACCCUGCUUAACAUGGCGCUACUCAAUCUGGGAUCCUGUGAUCCCAAUCUCAGGACUGCUGCCUACAAUUUGCUGUGUGCUCUGACCGCCACAUUUGACCUGAAGAUCGAGGGUCAGCUGCUCGAAACGCAAGGUCUUUGUAUACCCUCCAAUAACACCAUAUUUAUAAAGUCCGUCAGCGAGAAGCUGGCCACCAAUGAACCCCAUCUGACGCUGGAAUUCCUCGAGGAGUCCAUUCAGGGCUUCCAACGCAGCACUAUUGAGCUGAAGCAUUUGUGCCUGGAGUAUAUGACGCCGUGGCUAAAGAAUCUCGUCAAGUUUUGCAAGUCCAACGAUGACUCGAAGAAGCUGAAGGUGUCUCAGAUUCUGGACAAGCUCAUCAACCUAACCAUUGACCAGAAGGAAAUGUAUCCCUCUGUGCAGGCAAAGAUCUGGGGAUCGAUUGGCCAGAUUCCCGAGCUCAUCGACAUGGUUCUGGACAACUUUUUGCACAAAUCGAUUACGUACGGAUUGGGAUCACCGCAAGUGGAAAUUAUGGCGGAUACAGCAGUGGCUCUCGCUUCAGCAAAUGUCCAGUUGGUGUCCAAGAAGGUUAUCACGCGAAUGUGCCGAGUAAUGGACAAAUCCUGCACGAAUCCCACGCAAUAUCUGGAGCAGCACAUGAUGUGGGAUGACAUUGCCAUCCUCGGUCGCUACCUGCUCAUGUUGUCCUUCAACAAUUGCUUGGAUGUGGCCACUUCGGUGCCAUAUCUAUUCCACACCAUCACGUUUUUGGUCUGCUCGGGAUCGCUGUCGAUGCGAGCCUCCACCCAUGGACUGGUGAUCAACAUCAUCCACUCGCUGUGCACCUGCACGAAUCCCUCCUUUUCGGAGGAGGCGCAGCGUGUGCUGCGACUGUCGCUGGAUGAGUUCUCGCUGCCCAAGUUUUACCUGCUUUUCGGCAUUAGCAAGGUCAAGUCGGCGGCAGUGACUGCGUUCCGCUCCAGCUGCCGUCAUCCCACAGAUAAGUGGCUGGGAAACGAGAGAGUUACUCAACCAUUGCCGGCGGAUCGCGAGCGUUUGUCGCUGCCCUCGCUGGAGGUCAUAACGGACGCCCUGCUCGAGAUCAUGGAGGCCUGCAUGCGCGAUGUUCCCGAUUGCGAGUGGCUCAACACCUGGACCUCGCUGGCCCGCAGCUUCGCCUUUUGCUACAAUCCGGCUCUGCAGCCAAGGGCUCUUAUUGUCUACGGUUGCAUCAGCAAGAGUGUCACUGACCACGAGGUGAAGCAGUUGCUCCGCAUUCUGGUCAAGGCACUGGAGUCCUUCAACGAUCUCAUCCUGAUCGAGGCGCUGGUCAUGUGCUUGACUCGCAUCCAACCGCUGCUGCGUCCAGAGUCGCCCAUUCAUCGGGCUCUCUUCUGGGUAGCCAUUUCGGUGCUGCAGCUGGACGAGAUUACCCUGUACGGCGCUGGACUAGCCCUGCUUGAGCAGAAUCUGCACACGCUCAAGUCGCAGGGCUGCUUCGACAAGAAGGAGACCAUUGCCGAGGUGAUGAUGAAGACCAGGGAGAAGCUGGAGUGGCACUUUAAGCAACUGGAUCACGCCGUGGGUCUUUCGUUCCGCAGCAAUUUCCACUUUGCCCUGGUGGGGCAUUUAAUCAAGGGCUUCCGCCAUCCCACACCCACUACUGUUUCGCGCACCUCCCGAGUGCUGACCAUGCUGCUGGGCAUCAUAGCCAAGCCGCUGCAUCGAGACAAGUUCGAGGUGACCCCAGAUAGUGUGGCCUAUUUAACUGCUCUGGUGGCUGUCUCCGAGGAAGUCCGUUCCAGGUGUCAUGUGAAGCACGCUCUGCCCCGCUGGCCCGCCGAUCUAAGUGGCAGUGUGGAGAACGGCGAAACGGCCAGUGGAGUGCAAGCUAUUGGCAUGCCCUUGUCACGCCGGCAAAAGAGCUGGGACAUCCUAGACCAGUCCGCUUUGCAGUUUGCUCGCCAGCACAAGGUUCCCACUCUUCAGAACGCGCGGGUUUUGUUCAAAACUCAACGCUCAUUCUCGGUGCCGACAACCAAAGAUCCGAACAAUGCCGCCGGCAUCGAAGAACGUCAGGAACGCGGCUCGCGUUCUUCGGUAUCCAACGAGUCGAAUGUCCUGCUCGAUCCCGAGGUGCUGCCUGAUUUGUCCAUACAAGCUUUGGUACUGACUGUUUUGGCCACCUUAGUCAAGUACUCGUCGGAUGAGGGCGAAACGCGCGUUUUAUAUCAGUAUUUGGCCGAAGGAUCGGUGGUCUUUCCAAAGGUGUUUCCAGUUAUCCACUCGCUGCUGGACCAAAAGAUCAACAAUAUUUUGUCCGUGUCACACGAUCAAGUGGUGCUUAACUCGGUCCAGAGCAUUAUACAAAAUAUGCUGGCCAGCGAAGAUCCCUCCCAGCAGCAGCUGCACUUCCUCCAAAGUUGUGGUUUUGGCGGACUAUGGCGAUUUGCUGGACCCUUUACCAAGUACAACAUGAUGGGUGAAUCUUCAGAGCUGUUCGUCAACUGUUUGGAGGCCAUGGUCGAGACCUGUUUGCCCGGCGAUGAAUCCGCCCCGGUGCCACCCUCUCCGCGUCCCUACAACCUGAGCUCCAGCCUGAGUAGCCUGACCUUGGGCUCCCCCACGGACAAAGCAUUCUCAUCGGAAUCAUUAGAUUUUUAUGACAAUUGCCCAGGCAGCGUCAGCAGCCUGCGACGCGCCUCACACAGCAAAUCACGCGCCAAACAUCGAAUUAACGACAGUCCAUCACAUUGAACGUUCCACAAAAGUAAAAUACAAAAUAUAUCAAAAAACUGCAACUAAAGACAAACGAUGAAUAGCUGAAAACAAUGCCACUAAAUAACACCAUGAUUGGAUCCAAAAAAAAUAUGUAUUUCGUAGUUAUCUAAGCUUUGCCAAAUGGAAUUAUUGUCCCAAAACACUCGAAAACGAUUAAUUUUUGUAAUAUGCAAAUUGUUAAACACAAUACAAAGACCGCAAGGGAAAUCCCACAAGAUAAUGCACUUAAUCGUACACGCAUUAGCAAAUUGAUGUUGAAGAUUUGAGAAUUAUAUAUUGAUGAUAAAUCUGGUACCUUGAAGCAUUUACAAAAUAUUUUCGAAAUCAUGUGGGCGAAUUAAACGCACCGUUUUGUAGCGUAGUGUAGUGUUGUCAAAAAAUAUUUGUUGUUCAAAAAAAGAGUCGAAAAAAUGUAUUCCACGACAGCUAAAUUGUAACAGAGAUCCAAAAUAUAUUUCUGAUAUAUGCAUGCCAAGAACAUUUUUAAAAUAUUGCCAUUUAAAUAUGCUCACCCUGUGCAAGUUUCAGUUUCCAGUAGCGCCUAAUUUGGCUAAGAACAAAUAACCAAACACAGAAAAUACAUCAAGAUUUUAUAUAUUUUCAUUAAAGACUAUAUUUUAUACGAGCGAUAAUAGAUAAUUGAAGUUAAAUAUAAGUAAAUUUAAUGAUCUUCACCGCUUUUUCGCCCAGAUUUUCCUUUUCACCCCCGACUAUUCCUUCCCUCGAUGUGUUUAUGCAACUUUUGUCUUACUUUCAGCUGCAUGAAUAACAACUACAAACCCGCGCACUAGACGUACCACACUAAUCGCAAAAGUAAUGCGUUUCCUAAAUCUGUUUAAAAAGUGCUUUUAGAGAACGUCAAAAACCAAACCCCCACAGAAAGUCGUACAAAAAUCAUAGAAUAUUUAUAUAUUGGUAUAUGUAUGUAUAGAAUGUCCCGAAGCGAUGGCCACUAAAAGCGAAAGGAGGAAAUGUGUGUAAAAAUAUGAAUGUAUAUAAAGUGUAUGUGUAGAAAGGAGUGUGGAUCGAGGAUACCGAAAGCCCCACAGAGAAGGAUAUCGAAUGGAAAUAUUUUUUAACGAUUAACGAUUGUACAUUUUAAAGUUUGCUACCCGCAACUGCAACUAGGCACACCACAAGUCCACCAGUUCCUGAGCAUGAUGACCACGACCAGGCGAAACUCGGAGUUAACCAUGAAAGCGUUUAAAGGCAAAAUCAAACGAAACGAAUACAAGAAUAACUUAAAGCUUUAAGAGAGCGGCAUGUUCCACAUGUCGCCACCAUUGUUUUGUAUUAUAAAAGAAUCUCCCCGCAGCAAAUUGUAUCAGAUGGCAUUUAUUUCUCUUUUAUUCUAGUUACUUUUAUUUUUUUUAACCAAGUUCAUAUCUCAUUAGUCCUUACUAAUUUAUUUCAUCAGCACAUUCUCGAAGAAAACUCUAAAACACCAAAAACUAAACGAAGAUAAGCUUAAAAAACGACCCAGUCCGCUUUAAAUAUAAUUUAGUUUUAAGCACAAACAAGAUUUUUAUCGAAAUAGAGUUGAUAAGCGACGAGAAUCGAACCAAAAUAAAACCUUACGAACGUUACACAUUUGUACCUCUUAUUAAACAAUAAACGAAACAAAUUAGUCCGUUACACUUACUUUCUAGCACAUGGAUUUUAAACUGUAUUUGGCGUUACCCGCACAAAACUCGAGGAAUUUUUUUAAAACUAGAUGAGCAAAUAUGGAACAGGAUUCUAUGCAUUAUUAUUAAUCUAAACGUAUAUGUGUGUGUUGCUAUAUGUGUAUUAUAAACGAAUAUGUAUCUUUGUAUAUUACAGCCAUUUGAAGAUAUUUAUGAAAUGUUAAUGUCCCAAAUUUAUCAAUGUAAAAGAAUAUCGAACAAAAUAAU